AUGUCCGAUGCACCUGAUAGCGGCCGCGACUCCCAGCAGUCCGAGCCUGUGUUGUCGGCCACCGACCAGAGCGAAAGCGAUAAUAAUAAUUAUAAUAAUAACAAUGCAGACGCCGCAGACAAUUUUAUCAAGGAUGCCACAGACGAAGAAGGAGAAGAAGCCGAUGAAAACGUCGCGAUUGACCCGUAUUCGGUAAUCAAGCGUAUUCAGUGUCCGACAUGUUCUCGGCCUUUGCGCGUGCCUCUACGUCUUCCAUGUGGGAACACGCUGUGUCGGGCUUGUCUCCCGCCGGUGGUCAAACGAGAGGGCAUUUCGUAUCCUAGGGACGAGAGGCGAGAAGAUGGCUUCCUGUGUCCGUGGAAGGACCGCGGAUGCAAAAGGCCAGAGGGCAAUGACUCGUCGUCGUCGGCCGAACACUCUAUGGGUGACUGUGGUGUUGAUGUUACCGUUGGCAAAAUUAAUGACGUUAUAGAAAAAGUGCUGGAGGACAAUGCUAAAAACGCUACUGUUGCUCCGAUGAGCAUGAAAUGGAUGCCGUCGACUACUACGGACGAGAGUCUUACUGAAACCAAGUCUCCCCCGCUGGCCCAGGAAGCCGCUCUUCAUAAUGGAAAAUACCUGGGUAUCUACAACCUGAUGAAAGAAGGCAGCCUCCCAUACGACAUUGAGAAUGUCACCUAUGAGCACAUCGACUCGGAAACAGAACUACAACCAGCUGCGGAAAUAGACAACUUGGUUUUUCAGCAAUUGAAAAACAACCUCAGAAGCGAGCUUGAUUGCCAAGUAUGCUACGGACUAAUGGUCGAUCCUCUGACUUCUCCAUGCGGACACACAUUCUGCCGCAGGUGUGUGGCUCGUGUCCUGGAUCAUUCCAACCUCUGUCCAAUCUGCAGACGAAAGCUCUCUCUUCCACUAGCUCUCGUGCUGGAACCUAUCAACAGGAUCUUAAACGACCUCAUCAACAACCUUUAUCCUACAGAAAUAGAGUCUCGAAGAGCGACGAUGACGCAAGAUACUCUUCUUGGAGAAGACAAAGAUCUUCCUCUGUUUGUCUGUACUCUUUCCUUUCCUUCUAUGCCUACAUUCCUGCACGUUUUUGAGCCUCGGUACCGUCUGAUGAUACGUCGGGCACUGGAAGAUGGAGGGCGAAAGUUUGGUAUGGUCACGUAUAACUAUGUUGAUGAGCCGCCGGAUACCGUUGGACGGACACAGUUCAUGCAAUAUGGCACUAUCCUCUCGAUUAAUGGAUUUGAUCUGCUACCCGAUGGCCGAAGUCUUCUGAGAGCCGUGGGAGUAUCUAAAUUCAGAAUUGUCGAUUGGGGUGUUCUCGAUGGAUAUUAUAUUGCAAAGACUGAGCGCGUGGACGAUAUUGGCCUUGCACAAGAGGAAGAUUUAGAGAGACGGGACAUUGCAACAGCAACAGCAGCAGCGACCACGGCAGCACAGGAGAAUCCUGGUGACGAGGCUCCCGAAUUGCCGCUGGAAGCACUAUCGACGCAGCAAUUGAUGCAAGUUUGUCUGGAAUUUGUCGAAAGGCGACGUACGGAGGGGGCUCCCUGGCUUCAUCCAAGAGUUUUGUUGGAGUAUGGGCAACCACCUACUGAUCCAGCUUUGUUUCCUUACUGGCUUGCCAGUGUCCUCCCAAUUGCCGAAGAAGAGAAAUAUCUCUUGCUGCCCUUGACCAGCGUACGCGAGCGACUCAAAGUCACCACGAACUGGGUUAAAAAACUCGAUAGUAUGGAAUGGUAUCCCCCCCCCCUCUAUAUUUAUCCUGACUAUUUAAAAUGA